GUCUAAGAGCUCCACCAUUCUUCAUCUCCUUCCUCUUUUGUAACCCUCGUUUCUUGAUUCCGCGGCAGCUCUCUCAUUCAUCAAUCUUCGUCUUUUGAGGUUACAAUUUCAAAAUGGGAAAAGAGAAGACUCACAUCAACAUUGUGGUCAUUGGCCAUGUCGACUCUGGGAAGUCUACAACCACCGGACACUUGAUCUACAAGCUUGGUGGUAUCGACAAGCGUGUUAUUGAAAGGUUCGAGAAGGAGGCUGCUGAGAUGAACAAGAGGUCAUUCAAAUAUGCCUGGGUGUUGGACAAACUCAAGGCUGAGCGUGAACGUGGUAUUACCAUCGAUAUUGCUUUGUGGAAGUUCGAGACCACAAAAUACUACUGCACCGUUAUCGAUGCCCCUGGACAUCGUGAUUUCAUUAAGAACAUGAUUACUGGUACCUCACAGGCCGAUUGCGCUGUUCUCAUUAUUGAUUCCACUACUGGUGGUUUUGAAGCCGGUAUUUCAAAGGAUGGGCAAACCCGUGAGCAUGCUUUGCUUGCGUUUACUCUUGGUGUCAAGCAGAUGAUCUGCUGCUGCAACAAGAUGGAUGCCACCACCCCCAAGUACUCCAAGGCAAGGUAUGACGAAAUUGUGAAGGAAGUUUCUUCCUACCUCAAGAAGGUUGGAUACAACCCUGACAAAAUCCCAUUCGUCCCCAUCUCUGGUUUCGAAGGAGACAACAUGAUUGAGAGGUCAACGAACCUCGACUGGUACAAGGGUCCAACCCUCCUCGAGGCUCUUGACUUGAUCCAGGAGCCCAAGAGGCCCUCGGACAAGCCACUCCGUCUUCCACUCCAGGAUGUGUACAAGAUUGGUGGUAUUGGCACUGUACCUGUUGGACGUGUUGAGACUGGGGUACUCAAGCCUGGUAUGGUCGUCACUUUUGGCCCAUCUGGAUUGACCACUGAAGUUAAGUCUGUGGAGAUGCACCAUGAAGCUCUCCCAGAGGCUCUUCCUGGUGACAAUGUCGGAUUCAAUGUGAAGAAUGUUGCUGUCAAGGAUCUCAAGCGUGGUUUCGUUGCUUCCAAUUCAAAGGAUGAUCCUGCCAGGGAGGCUGCCAACUUCACAUCUCAGGUCAUUAUCAUGAACCACCCAGGGCAGAUUGGCAAUGGCUAUGCUCCAGUGCUUGAUUGCCACACCUCUCACAUUGCCGUGAAGUUUGCUGAGAUUCUGACCAAGAUCGACAGGCGAUCUGGUAAAGAACUCGAGAAGGAGCCGAAGUUCUUGAAAAAUGGUGAUGCGGGUAUGAUUAAGAUGGUUCCCACCAAGCCCAUGGUGGUGGAAACCUUCUCCCAGUACCCACCUCUUGGACGUUUUGCUGUGAGGGACAUGAGACAGACCGUGGCUGUCGGAGUCAUCAAGUCGGUCGAGAAAAAGGAUCCAAGUGGUGCCAAGGUUACCAAGUCCGCAGUGAAGAAGGGUGGAAAGUGAACCGUAGUGGGAAAACCUCAGCUGGGUCUGCCUGAGGUUUACAAGUAUAAAUGUCGAAAUAAAGACCUGAUGGUUUUUGUUGGUGGUGGUGCUGCUUUAUCGAGUCUUUUUAUUUGCUUUUGUGAUUAUAGUUGUUGGCGUUGGUCAUUGUUAGGUACCCAGUCCCAGAAUUGGGUGCUUGAUAGACGGUGGCGCAGCUAUAUGGCUCAUAAGGUCUUUUUUUGUGUUGUUUGUUGUUUGGUCUUCUGCUCUUCUCGCCCUGUUGCUCGAAAGUUUUCGAAUUCUAUGUUUCUGCUGAGAUACUCAUAAUAUUACUUAACACUAAAUGUCGUUGCUUAUAUUGUCCUAUCUGAAUAGUCUUCUUUCUA